UACUCAAUGAGGCAGUUCUUCAGAUCCAAAACUUUCAAUAUACCGGCGUAAGAUACAACAAUGCGAGCAAAUAUGUAAGAAACGAUAAUGUCGAAGUCGCGUUCAAAGAGGUUGAAGUUGAUAAAGAGACUAAAGAUAAUAUUAAAAAAGAAGUUAUAAUUCUUAAAAAAUUGAAAGGAGCAGAGAACAUAAUUGUGUUUUACGGAGUUAUAAUUGAGCCGAAUAAAGUUUUUCUGGUAACCGAAUGGGCUACCGAAUCAAAUUUAAAGGAUUUCUAUCAACUUAAGAGAUUGGAUUGGAGUCUGCAAAUACAAUUCGCUUUAGAUAUCUCUAGAGGAUUGACUUAUUUAAAAAGCGCCGAGAUCCUACAUCACGAUAUUCGCAGUCAAAAUAUUUUUAUUACAAAUGGCAAUCCGCAGUAUACAGCAAAAAUCGGCAAUUUCGGUUUAAGUCGUGGUUUAAGAGAAGCUACCAGAAAUCUUCGUGAAGGUGUCGAUAAUGUUCGAUACAUAGCACCAGAGAAACUUAAGGAGAAUAAACAUCCAUAUGAUUUUAAGUGUGAGAUAUAUAGUUUUGGAGUGCUUCUCUGGGAAAUAGCUGAACAAAGGAUCCCAUUUCAGAAUAUUGAAAGGGAUAUUGUAGAAAUUCCUACAAACUUUGAUCCUAUGAAUCGCCCAGCUCUUGCGAUUAUAUUUACAGAACUAUUUGAACUUUCCAAUACACAUCGUCCAGCUACUAAUCACCCUAAUAUAUAUCCAAAUACUCUUUUUCCGUCAAAUCAAAGACCCCUUUUUACUGUUGAAGAUGCCAUUAAUCUUCAUAAAACCAGAGGUGGCGAUCGUAAAGAAGCAUAUGAAAUAUUUUGCGACUAUGCGAAAUUGGGCGAUUCCACGGCGAAAUAUUGGGUCGGAUAUUACCUGUAUUAUAAUAGCUUAAAUAACAAAGAAACUUUCGAGCAACGCGAAAAUGACGUAAUACGAGCUGUACAAUAUUUUAAAGAAGCGGCUGAGAUGGAUGUUCCUGAGGCUCAACUUCGAUAUGGUCAUUGUCUAUGGAAAGGCGACGGUAUCGAAAAAAAUGGAACAUUGGCCUUGGAAUAUUUUUUGAAAUCUGCACACAAUGGAAACUCAACUGCUAUGUAUAACGCUGGGAGCAUGUAUUUCAAUGGAAAUGGAGUAAUUCAAGAUAAGGAAAAAGGUGCAUACUAUCUCAAGAGGGCAGCAUUAACGGGUCAACCGAAAGCUAUCGAGUUAUGCAAAAAAAAUUAUAUUCGACUUUAA